UGGCAGAAAGCUUCGCAGUAGCCCAGCCACCAGAUUAUCUAACUAACUAACAAGUUAGGUAGAAAGCCACGUGAUCCAUCCCUCUCCUACGUAAGCUUGCUCCGAAAUUCGGUUCGGUUGAAGGAGUCUGAACUGUUGAAUUUUCACCUUCUCCCCCACGCUCCUUGAAAAUUCACAAAUCCCAUCUUCAAAACCAGGAGAAACCCAAUACCCUGUUGACCCCAACGCCAUAACACCCCAAGAAAACACAGAGAUCCAAUCUCUUGCAUGAACGAUGGAGAGCUCAACCCAAGAAUCCCACCUAAGAUCGGAAAACACCGUAACCUAUGAAUCUCCAUACCCUCUCUAUGCCAUGGCAAUCUCUUCGACCCCAUCUCGCACAAACCAAUACCAACGCAUUGCCUUGGGCAGCUUCACUGAAGACUACAACAACCGCAUAGACAUUGUCUCUUUUGACCCUGAAACCCUCUCUGUCAAAACCCAUCAAAAUCUCUCUCUUGAACACCCUUAUCCACCCACCAAGCUCAUGUUCAGCCCUUCCUCUCUUCACAAGUCCAAUGACCUUUUAGCCUCUUCUGGUGACUAUCUUCGCUUAUGGGAAGUUAGAGACUCUGCUUCUAUUGAGCCUGUUUUUGUGCUUAACAAUAGUAAGACAGGUGAGUUUUGUGCUCCUUUAACUUCUUUUGAUUGGAAUGAUAUUGAACCUAAAAGAAUUGGUACUUGUAGUGUUGAUACAACCUGUACGAUUUGGGAUAUUGAAAAGGGUGCUGUUGAAACACAACUUAUAGCUCAUGAUAAGGAAGUUUAUGAUAUUGCUUGGGGUGAAGCAAGGGUUUUUGCUUCAGUUUCAGCUGAUGGGUCAGUUAGGAUUUUUGAUUUAAGAGAUAAGGAACAUUCUACUAUUAUAUAUGAGAGUCCUAGACCUGAUACACCCUUGUUGAGAUUGGCUUGGAACAAGCAGGAUUUGAGGUAUAUGGCCACCACGUUGAUGGAUAGCAAUAAAGUUGUGAUCUUGGAUAUUAGGUCCCCAACAAUACCUGUUGCGGAGUUGGAGAGGCAUCGUUCGAGUGUGAAUGCUAUUGCUUGGGCUCCGCAGAGUUGUUGUCAUAUUUGUUCUGCUGGUGAUGAUUCACAGGCUCUUAUUUGGGAGUUGCCUACUGUGGCUGGACCUAAUGGGAUUGAUCCAAUGUCCAUGUGCUCUGCUGCUUCUGAAAUUAACCAGCUUCAAUGGUCUGCUGCACUGCCUGAUUGGAUUGCUAUCGCGUUUUCAAAUAAAAUGCAGCUUUUAAAAGUUUGAGGUGAAUCAAUAUCAAUAUUCGUUUUUAUUUUAUCUUUGAUGCUAAUUUUCUUGUAUUAUCUUCAAUGUUAAAUUGUAGUGUUAUGGAAACUUGAGCGUGGUUCUAGUUAACAAUUGAAUUGCUCCUUACAAAACUACAAAGUACCCUCUUUUAUGCCUGUCUA